GUUGGAUCUUUUCCGGCAUAUGAUAUCUGCCAGCAUUAUGCCGGAUCCUGUGGCUCUGGCGACUUCCAUUUCAGCAUGCCGUCAAUUGGGCCAUUCAGGCCUGGCGAAGAUGAUUCAUGGGUUCGCUUUGUGUAGUGGGAUUCAGAUUGAUGCAUUCGUUAGCAUUGAAUUGUUAAGAAUUUACGCGGAUCACGGUGAAUUAGAACUUGCACGCAAGUUGUUUGAUGAGAUGCCUACAAGAACUGUUGUUGCAUGGAAUGCUAUCAUUCAUCAGUAUGUGAAGCAUGAUUUGAUUGAUGUUGCACGUCAGUUGUUCUUGGAGAUGCCAAAUAGGGAUGUCGUUUCAUGGAACACUUUGAUAUCUGGGUAUUCUCAAGCAGGGCAUUGUCGAGAGGCCCUGGUGUUGUUUUGUGACAUGGAGUUGUCUUCUGUGAGGCCUAACAAGCUAACACUAUGCACCAUUCUAGCUGCUUGUGCUAGCCUGGGUGCUUUGGAGACUGGGAUGUGGUUACAUGCUUACCUUGAGAGAAACAAUAUGAACUUUGAUGGGUGCUUGGAUCAUUGCCUGAUCGAUAUGUAUGCUAAAUGUGGAAGCAUUGAGAAGGCAAUUCAAGUGUUUGAGAAGAUCCCGAUAAGAAGGGACUUGUACUCAUGGACUUCAGUGAUAUGUGGGCUGGCACUGCAUGGGCGAGCCGACCAUGCCCUUCGCCUCUUCUCUCGCAUGCAAGAAGUGGGAGUCCAACCAGAUGAUGUUACUUUGGUUGGAGUUUUAAAUGCUUGCGCCCAUGGAGGACUUGUAGAUGAAGGUUGUAAACAUUUCCAUUCAAUGGAGGAAGUCUAUGGUCUCAAACCCAAAAUCGAGCACUAUGGAUGUAUGAUCGAUCUUUUAGUCCGUGUGGGUCGAUUAAAAGAAGCAUUUGAUAUCAUUGUUGGAAUGCCAAUGGAGCCUAAUGUAGUUGUGUGGGGUACAUUGCUGAGUGGUUGCAGGGUGCAUAAUAAUGUGAAGCUAGGUGAAAUUGCAGCCAUGAAAUUGUUCGUGUUGGAUCCAUGUGAUCCAUGGGUUCGAGUGAUGUUGUCUAAUAUGUAUGCAGAAGCUCAUGAUUGGGGUGGAGUCAUGAGGCUCAGGAAGGAGAUGAAGGGGGGUGAGAUGAGGAAAGCACCAGGGUGCAGUUCAAUUGAAAUGAGUGGUGAAGUUCAUGAGUUUCUUGCAGGAGGCAAUCUGCAUCCUCAGCAUGCAGAGAUUUACACAAUGUUAGAGAAUAUUGAAGCUCAAAUGCAGAUACGGUGAUGCUUAAUGUUUCUAACCCCAUCAUAAAGAUUGUGCUUGCCAUUGUCCCAAUAUUUAUUAUAUUGUCUUAAAUGUAUCAAUUCAACCUAUUCUUUCCUAAUUGAAAGUAAAAGAGGAUAUAUUGAAUAUACAGUCUCUGAAUUUUUUCCAAGAAGAUGCUGUCAUCUCACAACAAAAUAUCAAUAGGAAUCUGUUGGAUGAAUUAGAGCACAUUGUCGAAGGCGAUUUUAUCAUGCAAUAAAUUCCUCUUUUCAAGC